AUGAGUCGCCCUUUUCAGUUUCGAGGCAAUGGCCCUCCCUCGCGUGGUGCACGAGGGCGAAAUCCCAGACAUGAGUUCUCAUUCCGCCCCCCACCGCGUCACAUCUCGGAGCGCCCGUUGCUGCGAGGUGUGAGGGAACCAACGCCUGAGCUGCUCUUUCCCGAAACAGAGCCAAAGCCGGCUCCCAAGUUUGCAUCCCUGGAGAAUCUGAGUGACAGUGAAGAGGCUGAGAUGGAGCUCUCAGACGAUGAAGACUCAGACGCUGAGGCUCGACCACGGAAGAAGCGCGUGGUGGGCACAGACGGCCAAGAUGAGUCUGAGCAGCCUCUCCUCGCAUCCAUUCCGACACCAGCCCCCGUGACUGCACCAACCCCUCCACAACCCAAGUGGUCAAAUCCUGACCCGUACACGGCACUUCCUCCUCCUGACGACAGCCAACACAAGCGAGUCGACGUGGUGAAGCUCAUUCGCAAGGCCAGACUGGCUGCUAUCCCAGCCGAGGCCAAGGCGAAAGAUGCAGUCGCUGACAAUGAUGACUUCAUCUCCCUAGGUGCCUUUGGAGACACUGCUGGAGGCCCUGAUGAACCCGAGGACCAGCCACCAGCAAAUGCGCCUACGGGCCCCAAGGCCUCGGAAGUCAGGGAGCCUGCGGCCGAAUCUCGCAAGCGCACUCGGGACGACCAGCCCAAGCCCUUGACUUCCAAGCAUGGCAAGCCUCUCCGGCGGUUCAAGAUGGAUGGUUCGAUCCUGAAUGAAUGGUUGCCGUUCAAGGACCAGAAUGCGACGCCGUGGAUGGUAUCUGAGCCAUCCUUGAAUGUAGCUGCGCGCUUGCAAAAUGAGAUUCUAGCAUUCUACCAGUGGGUCAAACCACAGCGAUUUGAGCAGAUUGUGCGCCAGGACGUGGUCGACAGGCUUGAGCGUGCUUUCCAGAAGCGGUACUCUGGAGUGACGGUGCAUGCCUUUGGCUCUUUCGCCUCUGGAAUGUACCUCCCCACUGCGGACAUUGAUCUGGUCCUUCUUUCCACGUCUUUUGCCAAUAAAGGCAUUCGUGCUUUUGGCGAUAGGAGAGGUCAAAUCUACGCAUUCGCUGCCUUUGUCAGGACCUCGGGUCUCGCAGUAGACGGUACCGUGGAAGCCAUUGCCCAUGCCCGGGUACCAAUUCUCAAAUGGGUAGACAAGCUCACGGGGCUGCGUGUCGAUCUCUCGUUUGACAAUGACAGCGGCCUCCUGGCCAAUCGAACGUUUCAGGAGUGGAGUGAGCAGUACCCCAUGAUGCCCGUCCUGGUCUCUGUCGUGAAGCAGUUCUUGCUUCUUCGAGGGUUGAACGAGGUCCCCACUGGUGGUCUUGGUGGUUUCUCGAUCACUUGCAUCGUUACAAGCCUGCUUCAACAUAUGCCCCGUAAAGAGCAAGAGAAUAUCGGGGCUAUUCUCAUGGAAUUCUUCUACUUUUACGGGAAGAUUUUCAAUUAUGAGAAGACGGGGAUUCGCAUGCAUCCCCCCGGAUACUACAACAAGGUGGGAGCUCAAAUUUAUCCUGUGAUUCUUCCCAGGCCGUACGUGCUAACUCAGUCUUGGCUUUCACAGACCUUCGAGAAGAGCGAUCGAUUGUCCAUUGAGGAUCCAAACAACCCGGCGAAUGACAUCUCCGGCGGUACCAAAGAGGUUGAGCUAAUUUUCCGAACCUUCCGCUCCGCAUACUGGAAUCUGCGGGAUCGAAUGGACUGGAUCAAUGACCACGGCAAGAGAGACGCAAGUAUCUUGGACGCAAUCACCGCAGCAAACUACGAUGAGUAUCUUGAUCAGCGUGAUCAGCUCCGUCGGAUCUUUGACACGGCGCCACAAUUCGCAAAAUAUCGCCAGCCACCUCCGCCUCCACCUCCCCUGCCGGCUGAAUCCCCUCCACCACCGCCUCCCACGGGGCCUCGGCACUCUCGGCCGGCGGCACGAAGAUAA